CACUGCAACGAGCAAGACGCGAAAUACUACAGCUCAAGAGUCACAACCAGAAAAUGGGAAAACCGAACAAACAACAACUGCAAGAAUACAACUACGAUGAAGCGAGCAGCGGGAGUGAUGACAGCGAUAGCAGCGACGACGAGAAUGACGACGAAUACUCUGUCAUGAGCGCCGAUAUUGACAGUGUCAGCAAAGGGGAAGGAAAAUCGAGCGAGGGCAGCGAAUCGGAGAGAGAGGAAGCAAGCAAUGGCAACGACUCAUCAGAUGAAGAGAAAGAAGAAGAAGAUCCAGAGGAGUCGUCGUCGGACGAAGACGACGCACCUCUCCAAGAACGCAUCCUGAAAAAAGAAAGCAAGGGUCGAGCAAAAUUGGCGUCUCGUCGUCAACAGAAAUCUCGGGCGCUGGAAGAGGCCACCAAACGAUUGGCUGCUUUGAAAAGAGAACGGAAGACCCAGGUGCGAGAAGGUACGGCAGACGAAGACGACGAGCGUCCAGAAAAAUCGUCGGGGAACAAACAAAGCGCGGCCAGCAAAACAAGAAAGAAGAAAAACAAGCACAAACCGACAGAGGUCUCCUCCAAGCGAGCCGAUUUUUAUGGACGUGGGGCACGACGACUCAACGAGAGUGGAUUGGGCGUCGACAUCGGUGCGCACCGAUACAAACCCAUGGACCCACGGCUCUCGAACCUGACCGGACAUUUCGACGAAGACCGCUUCCAUCACAACUACGCCUUUUUGGAGGAAAUGCGUAACAAAGAAAUCGGGCAGGUCCGAAAACGGAUCGCGGCCCACAGGGCGACCGGCAACAAGGGCAAUCGAUUGCGCCGAAAGGCCGGAAUAACCCAAGCGGACGGAAGCCAUUCUUCUACGCUGGAAGAAGACGUUGCCCGCCUGAAGUCACUGACACAGUCCAGGGCCGAUCUCGAACGUCGCAAGAUCGAUCGUGCCGCAAAACAAUCCGUCAAGCGCAAGAUUCGAGAGGACGUUGAAUCCGGAAAGAGCGGCGCUUACUUUUUGAAACGGAAGGAAAAGAAACGCUUGGAACUCGAGGCCCGCUUCGAGGAAAUCCGGAAGCGGAAAGGAGAAAAAGGGGUCGAAAAGAUUCUGGAAAAGAAGAGGAAAAAGAACAAGUCUCGGGACGCAAGCUUUUUGUCGAGAUAGGCGACAAAACCAGGAAAGUAUAAUGUUGUUCGUUGGAAAAAAAUCGAAACUGCUAA